AAAUAAUCUAAGCUUCAAUUAAACAGGUUCGUAGUCAAUAAUAAAAUGAAGAUUACAAGAUACAAGAAGGUUCAAAAGUAUCUCAAAUUUUACUACAACAACUUUGGUUUCCACCAGCCUUAUCAAGUUCUUAUUGAUGGCACAUUCUGUUUCGCUGCAUUCAAAGAUGGACAGUAAAUACAUUCGCAUGGGGCGCUUGGCGGACAUUGUAGACGAGGAGUGGCGGCUAGAGCAGCUGCCGCACGAAGACAUCCAGGUGCCGCUGGAGGAGCUGCCCGACCCCGAGGCCGACAGCGCCGACUCACACCUCACGCUCAAGGAGCAGAGCAUGCGCUGGCAGGAGAACUUCCCCGAGCCCGCUCAGAAUCAAAACUAGGAACAAAUAAAUAUAAGAGACCAACUGCCUAAGUAUUUAAACGGACAAGUGAAGUUGCUUACUACGAGAUGCAUAAUAAUAGAGACGGAAAAGAUUGCCAAGAAGACCCACGGCGCUCUCACCAUCCUGAAACAGUUCGGACUCCACGAGUGCGGCCACAAAGAGCCUAUCACUGGCUCCAACUGCAUUAUGAGCAUGAUCGGAAAGAAAAAUGACAAGCAUUACAUAUUGGCGUCCCAAGAUAGGGAUUUACAGGAGAAAUUUAGAACAAGGGCUGGUGUCCCACUGCUGUACCUACACAACAAGUCACCGACAUUAGAUAAACCAUCCAGGGCUAGCUACGAUAAAGCAGGACAAACUUUAGAGGCACCGAGUGUAUUCAUAAGCGAGACUCAAAAUGAAACACUGAAAACCAUGAAAAAGGCCCUUGGCGUUGAAGAAAAAGUGGAAGAAGUUAAAGUGUCCAUAAGAAAGAAAAAACCCCACAACCCCAACCCCUUGUCUUGCAAAAAGAAGAAAAAGAAACCUGGUCUAAGAAACGAAGCCAAGAAACAGGAUGGAGUCAGUGAAGGCAAAGUGAGGAAAAGAAAGAAAAAGAAGGUACCUAAGCAU